GACCUGGAUACGCCAUUUUGCCUCCCAGUGCUUCGGUGUGUGCGGCUGUGCGCGUGUAUGUACGUGUGCAUGUGUGUGAAUGUUCGUGCGAAGUGUGUGUGCGUGGGUUCCCGUCGAUCAAAAUACCUCUGUAGCUUCCGAACGUUCAACACUUCAUACACCAACUAAACAGAACCAAAAUGUUCACGUUUGGAGAAUAAACAGCCCGCUCCGCAGCCGGACAUGGGAACGCGGACGACGUAACGUCUAAUAGUCUCGACGUAGCGCUGUCGAAGUCUAAGAACCGUGAGACAUUACAAGUUAAGUGGCUGGCUUCCCAUCAUCAACCACUCAGGAUGAAAGCCAACGGGAAUGAAGAGGAAUAUUAUCAUCCUCUUAAGAUUGCGCUUGAUUCUUCUCAUGUUUGACCACAUCUGUCAGAUCACCAAUAAUGAUUUGUGGAAUAAUCUCCCAGGAGUUACACCAGCAACUUCUGGAUGCCAAGAAUUACCAGAAUCGCACAAAUGGAGUGGAAGAGCUCAAGCGAAUCCUCUCAGAAGUGGACUUGAAAUUGGUCCCUUCUGACAGUGUGGAAGAGUUCAUCAAUUUUCUUCCCAGACUUUUAGAUGACAGUAAUUUUAAAGUGUUUUAUGGCACCUUACAAGUUUUAAACUUAUUUAUUCAGAGGUUAGAUGCAAGUAUUCACAAAUAUAUUAAACAGAUAGUUUUGGUAGCCGUCAAGGCUCUUGGUGAUACUCGUACCAUCGCCAGGAAUGAAUACAUGAACAUGUUUCAUCUGAUGAUGAAAACUGUGGCCCCACAACAAGUUUUAGACCUUGUUAUUUGUAAUUUGAAACACAAGAAUUCCAGAGUCCGAGAGGAUGUUCUUAACAUCAUUAUUGCAGCUAUGCUCACUCAUCCCAGAAAAGAGUUCAACAUCCCCAAGCUUUGUUUGGAAGUUGCACCUUAUCUGUCAGACAGCAAAAGGAAGGUCCGCCACGCUGCCCUUGAGCUAUUUGCAGUUUUUGACUCCUGCCUCGAUACAGGGAAAAAACAGCCCCUCACGAAAGCUGUGGACAACGUUGAGCUCAAAGAGGACGCUGAGGGGCUUAUGGCAGCUGUACAGGCCAGACGUGCAAGACACGUUCUCCCCAAACUUUCCCCAGAGGGAGUGGUGGAGUACGGUCUGGUUGUGCCGAAAUCAGGGCUCCGCUGCUCCCCACAGGCUAGUUGUUCAGGAGCUGAUCUGGACUGGGUGAUGAAUGGAGGAAGGAUUAGCAGUGCAAGGAGUCACCGAAUUGAGCCAGAAUAUGAGCGACUGUAUGGCUACGGCAGUUUAGGAUCACUCACCGAUGAGCUUCCCUCUCAAAGGAGGAUUGUCAGCGCAGGUAAAGGGAAGAACAAAUUACCUUGGGAGAUGUUGAGCUAUUCAUUGACUGAAAAUAACCAUCAGUGCCGCUCCCCCAAUGGAAAGUGCUCCGAGCAGGUGACCAUGGAAGAAGUUAUUCCGCUCACCAGGAAAUUGAGUCCAGCGACCUACAUAUCCACUUUUAGUGCUGCAGAAUCACAGACACCCCAAACAUCCAGGAGAAGAAUAUCUCCAGCACGGCUCAGAAGAAGCGGAAGCCUCAACUUAGACCCUGACGUCUUUAAAACUACAAAUGUCACUGAGUCAGACAGCGGGUUAUCCAAAGGACACAUGCUCUCCAGGAAUGGCAGUGUUGAGCGCACACUUUCUCUCCCCUCUAACUACACCACACCUGGCUCCUUUCUGCUGCCUUCCUAUCCAUUGGCUGCACUCCCAGGAGGUGUGCUCACGCCAACACUAUCCCGUCGCCAUGCCGACUCGUCCCUCUCUAUGUCCAACACCUGGCCCAACAAGCGAGAGAAUAGUCCUCACCAGCGAGAGACCAGCCCCAGGGGGGACGCAGCAGUCAAAGGGGACCUCUCUAGCAGAUGCUCUCCUCGGCCAAUCCGUGCCUCCCUAAAAAGUUCUUCAUCAACAUCGUCAUUCCGCAGAGUCUUGAACAGCAGCAGGACAUCCCUUUCCAUCUCACCAGUCAUUCCUUCAGGAGAGCAGUUUUAUAACAAUGACCAAAGGCCCAAUGCACGCAGCAGCCCUCAGAAUCGGUAUCUAGAGAGGGACCUUCAACUAGGGCCUGUGGGCUCUAACACAACACAGGAUACUCAAGAAGAGGAGCCUCUGGACGUGCAGGAGAUGUGGAACUCACUGCGUUCGUUGCGCAACAGUGCGGCUAAGAAGAGGGCCAAAGUGAGCCUAAGCAGUUCAGACCCAGACCAGGACAGCCUAGAUUGUGCUCUAAGGUCACCCCUUGGUCAAGACCUAAUGGUGCACACCCCUCCCAUGCUAACCAGCUCAACCAGUGACAGUGGUCUUUCCAGUUUGAGUCCCACCACCUCCACUGUCUUUGGCAUCAAAAGUUCCGGAAGCAUGGCCUCCCCAGGAGUGAAGCCUCGAAUUGGAAGAGUUCCUUCUGCAAACCUGAGGUCUUCUGUGUCCAUGGACUUUAGCAGCCUUCCAGGACUAUCUCAGAGGAAUGACUUGUCAUCUGAGGCAGGCGUUGUCGGCCAGAGAGUUACUUAUUCCAGUGGAACAAUCAGAGCCAGUGAAGAGGCGACACUGCCUUCUCCUCCAUUGGUGAAACCGUUGUUAGGUGAAUCAUUCAGAGCCGUCAAGUCCACAAAAGGAUCUCAAACCAAUGGAAGCAAGAAUUCGCCAGCCACAGACAUGCCUGAGGGAGUCAUUGGCAGAGGCGUGUUUGGUACCGCAGCAUCCUCCCCUCGUUUGGCUUUGGCCUUGUCACUGGAGCAGGGUGAUUCAGUCACCAAACCCAUCGCUGAUCCUUUGGGAGCCCCCCCGGUUAUCUCUGGUGACCACAGGGGCCGUGACAACCUCUAUCCAGAUGAGGUGAUGAAUAUGAAGUCCGUUAGGGAUAAGAUCCAGCUGCAACAUCUGGAUCAGCCUGAGGAGCAGUCCAGUGAAAGGGACAAGAUUCGGCACCGUGUCCGACAGAUGCUCUCUGCCUCGCCCAAUGAAGAAAAUCCCAAUAGUAAAGAUCUGCAUAUGAACGGCAGUACAAUCACUUCUUGUACAGAAGACCUCCCCUCGGAUGGGUCACCAAUAAGUGUCACAACCUCGGUCAGUCCACCAGGACCCCAGAGCCCUGUCAAAUGCCUCACUCCACCCCAUCAACCAAGCCCCCCCACAGUGCCUCCUAAACCCCAAAACCUGUCCCGUAUGAGGAGGGCGCCCAGCCUGAACAGAGCACGCCCCUCGCUCUCCCACAGCUCAGAUGAGCUGUCCCCUGUUACUGUGGGCCACAAGAAAAAUGUCUCUCAGCCUCCUGAACUGUGUCCCUUUUCCAAACCGGACCUGGCGCUGAUGCACAGCUUUGACUUGCUGAGUUCAACGCACUGGGAGAAGAAGAUUGAAGGUCUUACGUUCCUACGCUCUCUGGCCCAGUACCAUCCUGACACACUCCAGGGCCGGCUUCGUGAUGUCUGCCUAUCUCUCAUUCAAGAGGUGAAGAACCUCAGGUCAGGCGUGUCCAGGACUGCCGUGUGUACACUGGGUGACCUCUACAUGCACCUGCAGAAGGCAAUGGACCAGGAGCUAGAGGGGACCGUUAAAGCCUUGCUGCACAAGGCGGGCGAGAGUAACGCCUUUAUCAGGCAGGAUGUUGAUGCUGCUUUAGACAGCAUGGUGCAGCACUGCACUCCAACCCGAGGCAUUCAUGCGCUGCUCUCUGGAGGACUUGGUCAUCUCAAUGGAUUGGUAAGGAAGUGCACUGCCCAACACUUGGCAAAUUUGGUGGAAAAGGUCGGAGCCGCUCGCCUCCUUUCUGGAGGUAAAGAUCUAACUGAAAGAAUCUUACCUGCAGUCACCAAGCUGUCACAAGACUCCUCGCAGGAAGCAAGAUACCACGGCCGCCGAAUGCUGCUGUGCCUGUCCUGCCACACAGACUUUGAGAAGAUCCUGGAAAAAACGAUUCCCUCCAAAGACCUGCAAACUACCAGAGAUACCAUUUUAACUCUGAAGACCAAGGGGCUUGGCGAGAUGCCGCAGGACACCCAGUCAGCCAGGGGCAGACGCUCCCUCCCAGGCAGCGGUACAGUCCGAGCCUUGUCUCUCACCAGAGAGCCACUCUACCACCCCAUCAGAAUGUCCAACAGUAAUUACAGCAACAGAUCUCAGACACAGAGUAUAGCGGACAAGAAUGAAUACAUCAAGCACAUAACAGGCCUGCUAGGCUCCAAGGACUUCCGAGAGAGAAUCAAAGGAAUGGACCAGCUCGUGGCUGACUGCCAGCACAACCCGAACAUUGUCAUCCACAAUAUAUUCCCGGUUUUCGAUGCGCUCAAGGCCAGGCUGCAGGAGGCCAACAGCAAGGUCAACCAUUACGCCCUUGAGUCGCUGCAGAAAAUCAUCCCCUUGAUGAGGGACAAUUUGUCUCAAGUAGUGAACAUUCUAGUCCCAGCCAUUGUGGACAAUCACCUGAACUCUAAAAACAACGCCAUCUACUCUGCUGCUAUUGGAACCAUUGAUGCCCUUAUGGUCAACCUUGAUAACAGUCUCCUCCUUCAGCCUUUCUGCACUAAGGCUCAAUUUGCAAGCGGCAAAGCCAAGGUGGAUCUUGUUGAGAAGGUUGCAGAUCUAGUGAGCGAGCUUUACCCUCGCAAGCCCCAAAUGGUGGAGCUGAAAGCGCUGCCCCUGCUGUGGCACCUGCUUGGCACGUCGAGCCACAGCGGCACCAUUCACGGACGCGGCGGCAGCGUGCGCGCGGCCACCGCCAACCUGUGCGUGGCUCUUCACGCCCAAAUGGGGCCCGGCCUGUGCGAGUGUGCUGCAUCCCAGUCGGCCAACGUCAACAAAGGGUUAAACGAGGUUCUGAAGUCCAUCUCCAAAAGAUAAAAAGCAAGCCGUUGGAGACCAUACAGACACAACAUUGACCUUACUUACUUGAAGACAUAGAGAUGUUCAACAUUUCUUCGUGCCUGCACUUUUCUCCCAAUGAAGAGAAAAGUCCUCAUCGAUGAGGAACUUUUACUCUUUUCUCAGUGAUAUUUCUUCCUCUGGUACAGAAGCUUGGAAGUUUGCAACAUCCUGACACCAGGUCCUGCUCCCAGACAACACUGCUCUCUUUGCACAUUGACAAGGUAGCUCAUGAUGAAUGCGAGAUUCGCACAUGAAUCAGUCAUUGCUUUACUUCAUCUGCUGAACACGAACCACAAACCAGAGAGCCAUUUGCAGAUUGUAAAGUUAUAAUGCACAAAAAGGACAGACAGGGAUCUGAAAGUUGUAUCGUGUUUUAGCGGUGUCAGAAAAUGUCCGGUGAUAUUUUUUCGGAUGAUUUAUGUGGCUGUUUUUUUUUGCUGAGUCAUCAAAAUGAGAUUUAUCAUAGUACAAGAUACUUCUGUACAGCUUGUUAUGUAUUUGCACAGUAUUAGUUUCUUCUGUAAUCAUAAGUCCAUUUUUUUCUGUCAUGUGACCCUUUUAAAUCUUGUUGAUGUGCUGCAGA